GUUCAGUCCCACAGAGAGAGAGAAAGCGGGAGAGAGAGCAGUAUGGAUGCCAGAGGCAACGAUGUGCCGGUCAGCGUGUCGCCCCCUAGUGAUCAGGUGUAUGAAGUGAAGGUGGAUCAGAACGGCUCAACCAAUCAGAGCUACCCGUUUGCAGACGUGGAGUUGCUGCAGGCAUUUAAGCCGCUGAUCGUGCCGUGUUACGUGCUGGUGGUCGUGGUGGGAGUAUUUGGAAACUACCUGCUGAUCUACGUGAUCUGCCGCUCACGUAAAAUGCACAACGUGACCAACGUGUUCAUCGGUAACCUGGCGUUCUCAGACAUGCUGAUGUGCGUGACCUGUGUUCCCUUCACCCUCGCCUACGCCUUCAACCCGCGGGGCUGGACCUUCGGACGCUUCAUGUGUUACCUGGUGUUCCUCGUCCAGCCCGUCACUGUCUACGUCUCUGUCUUUACGCUCACCGCCAUCGCAGUGGACAGGUACUAUGCCACAGUGCACCCUCUGAAGAAGCGGAUCUCCAUGGUGGCCUGUGUCUACAUUCUCUCUGGUAUCUGGCUGCUGUCCUGCACCCUUGUGGCUCCGGCCGUGGUGCACACCUACCACGUGGAGUUCGAGGGUGAAGAUCUGACUAUCUGCGAGGAGUUCUGGCUGGGUCAGGAAACAGAGCGGCUGGUCUAUGCCUACAGCACCCUGCUGAUCACCUACAUCCUGCCGCUGUCGGCCGUGUGCGUGUCCUACCUCUGCAUUUCCGUCAAGCUGCGGAACUGCGUGGCACCGGGGCACCGUACACGGGCGCAGGCCGAGGCCCAGCGAGCCCGGAAGAGAAAGAUCUUCCGGCUGGUGUCGCUGGUGGUGGCGGCGUUCGGCGUGUGCUGGCUGCCCAUCCACGUCUUCAACGUGCUGCGGGACAUCGACAUACGCCUCAUCAACAAACGCCACUUCCUGCUGAUCCAGCUGCUGUGCCACCUGUGCGCCAUGAGCUCGUCCUGCUGCAACCCGUUUUUGUAUGCAUGGCUGCACGACCGCUUUCGCGCCGAGCUGCGCAAGAUCUUUACCUGCAGACGUCGCAUCGGCAUCUCCACCAACCGCUGUGCUACUGCCAGCGUCGUGCUGUGA